CCGGCCGAACAACAAUGCCACUGCUAUGCCGCAAAGCCCCAUGCAAAUUUGACAUGAGUGCUCCACCAGUCAACGGCGUAGCCCAAUAAAAUCCGAUAUCCGUCGAAUAAUAAUACGAGGAUGGAGGGGAAGCAAGCCUCGAGAUUCCUGACUUGGCAGCCCGACAGGAGGGUCAGAACAUGGCGAGAAUGCUUGGAUGCAGACGCCCCACGAUCUCAUCACACAUGUUUUGUUGGUUGGCAAGUCGCCCCCAUUGCAGAUCGCCGCAGACAGAAGACGCGCAACCUCAUCCAAACCUACCCGGGUACUUCACCUCUCUCCCUGAAGGGGAAAAAAAAAGACUCUCCAGUAUUCAGACUUCGGACGAGACACGUAAAGACCCCUAUCUCACGAUAGUUUCCUUGCUCCACUCACCACUCUGACAUCAAACCUUACCGCAUUCGAACACCCCCAAGCGGCGGCCAUCCCGCCUGGCUAACGAACAACUUUAAAUUGUCCGUCUAAUCACAAGUAAUCCAUCCCACUGGCUCCAUCGUAUCUUAGCCAACCCUCGCUACCGCUUCCCCCCUUCGUUGGAUGCAUCGACGUUGUCCUUUCUGACCCGACCUGACCUGACCUGACCUGACAAGUACAUAAUUUAACAGGUCUCGGUUCCGCGGCGCUUCGCUGUUACUUGCUCUGGUCUGGUCUGCUUUGUUGGUUCGCUGUCGUAUUCUUCGUCGCAUUCUUCGUCCGCACACAUCGCACUUCGUGGGUUUUGUAUAUUCGAAACUCCUGGAUAUAGAAUUCUUUCCUUCUGGUCGGCCACUUUUAUACAAUAUCUCGAUUAAUUUGGAAUUUUAUCGCAUCGCUCGCAUUUUGUCCAGUUUCACGAAAUGGCUCUUCCGCCCCGUCGCAUGAUAAUCCUCGGAUUCAUCACCACACUCGUCCUUAUGCUCCUCGCAACAGCACACUACACCAAAGCAUCAGAAAGCGCACUCGCCACGAAAGUCGGCGACAAAGUCUCUGAACUUCUUCGUUCCGGCUCAUCCGAUCCUCCUCCAGAGGAAGGCGAGCCCAGCAAAAAUGAGGCCGAAUCCGUCAUUGAGCCGCCCUAUGAUCACGGCACAGAAAAGGGUCCUGGUGGAGUAGGGAAACACCUUCAUGUCAAACCCAGCGCCGCAACACCCAAAUCAGCAACAAUCGAAGGCUGCGAGUACCCCGUCGUCAUCCACGUCACCCCCGACGGUCACUGCACCGGCGUGCUCGCCCUCUACGGCUCCAUCGUCCGUAAUGUGCUGAAUCAACCAAAGGAACUUGCCAACAAGACUUGCGUGCACGUGACGUACGUCGACCCAGCCAUGAACUCCAUCCAGGAAAUGUACAAAUGGACCGCUCGCUCCAACCCCUUCAAGACCCCUCAUGACUGUGCUCUUCUUGACACAACCCCGGCCUUGAAUGAAGUCGUCCCAAUCAGGUUCCAAGCCCUGCGCGGAAUCGAAAAACCCGAAUUCAUGGAAGCCGGCCUCACCACCUGGCUCGUGGCUCUCAACAAAGUCCACUCCUGGGCCUUCGACGCCUACCCCCGCAUUCUACUAAUGGACGCCGACUCCAUCGCCAUCACCGACCUGCACCUCAUCUUCAACGAGUCCAACCCCCUCACGACCGUCACCGUCGCACCAGACCAGUUCAACAACUGCGGCGACAGAGGCCGCAUCAACGGCGGGAUGGUCCUCCUCCGAGGCUCCCGCUACUUCCACAUCUCCGCCCUCGAGAUGAUCUACGACCAGGAAUCCUCCUGCGUGAGCCAGAAGUGGGCUCAGUCCGAGCAGGAGCUGCUCAACUGUCUCUGUGGCACGCAGGGCCCUCCCAAGGGCCUCAGACCGGAGUUCGAGUGUGCGAUUAUGCCGUUCUAUAAUUCUGUCUGGCCGCGGAACUACGCCUGUAGUGCGGCGAAUGUGCUGCCUAUGCGGAGUAUCCAUUUCACUGCUGCGACGAAGCCGUGGUUGGUGGAUGAGAAGAGGUUGGGUGAGAGGUUUGAUUAUGGGUUUUGGGGGUGUGUGCUGGCUGCUACGAGGAAGGGUGAGGUACAUGGGUUGACGAAGUGCGAGUUUCCGGAUUUGGAGACGAGUAGGUUGAUUGAUUCGCUGGAGACGUUGCCGCCGAAGGAUGGGUGAGGUGGUGGAUGGAUGACGAGAUGUAAGAUUUGGAUGAGCGAGAGACCAUGGUUGGAUGUGUAUGAUUUGGGUGGGAGUUUUGGAUUUGCAUUUUGAAGCAGCGAAGCGAAGCGAGGCGUGAUUUGGCGUUAUUUUCAUGGGAUCUAGAGCGACGGAGUGGGCGGAAAUCUAGGUGAAGUGGAAACGACCGAAUGCCAUUGGGCUCGAACAGGCCGGGUCGUCAACCCUCCUACGAUGACACCAGACUGAGAUGAUGUCGUGACUUCGCGGUCGAGGCCAGCCGAGGACAGAAUGGUUCCGAAGACGGUUUCCAGCAUAUUCAGGUUACACAAGCUUGGAUUGUAUCUUUGGGGUAUCUCUUGGUUACACAGCCGAAAUUCGAGGUGAAGGUUGAAGGUUGGACGGACGGUUGGAGACGAAGCAAGAGACAAACUGGAUCUUGCUGUUUAUGAACAAGGGAUGGGGGUGAGAGAUCAAGGGAUGG